GCGGCCGGGCUCAGCCAGCUUCUGUCGCCGCACGGGCAGCUGCGGCUCGGGGACAGACUGACAGAGCUAGGGCCGGAGCCGCUCGGGGCCCGGCUAGGGAGAGCGGGCCCCACGAUGAGGCCCCAGCCCCGCAAGAACCCCCGCGCCACCCCGGCACCCGGCGCCCCGCGCUAGCACCACCCCCUCCCCCGCCAGGGUGUGGGGAGGCGCCAAGGCCAUGGCCAGCCACGUGGACCUGCUGACCGAGCUGCAGCUGCUGGAGAAGGUGCCCACGCUGGAGCGGCUGCGCGCCGCCCAGAAGCGCCGGGCGCAGCAGCUGAAGAAGUGGGCGCAGUACGAGCAGGACCUGCAGCACCGGAAGCGCAAGCACGAGCGGAAGCGCAGCACGGGCGGCCGGCGGAAGAAGGUGUCCUUCGAGGCCAGCGUGGCCCUGCUGGAGGCCUCACUGAGGAACGACGCCGAGGAAGUACGCUACUUCCUGAAGAAUAAGGUCAGCCCUGAUUUGUGCAAUGAGGAUGGACUCACAGCCCUGCACCAGUGCUGCAUUGACAACUUUGAGGAGAUUGUUAAGCUGCUCCUUUCCCAUGGUGCCAACGUGAAUGCCAAGGACAACGAGCUAUGGACGCCCCUGCAUGCGGCGGCCACCUGUGGCCACAUCAACCUGGUGAAAAUCCUCGUUCAGUAUGGGGCUGACUUACUCGCUGUCAACUCGGAUGGGAACAUGCCGUAUGACCUCUGCGAGGACGAGCCCACCCUGGAUGUCAUCGAGACGUGCAUGGCGUACCAGGGCAUCACCCAAGAGAAAAUCAACGAGAUGCGGGCGGCCCCCGAGCAGCAGAUGAUCGCAGACAUCCAUUGUAUGAUCGCAGCGGGCCAGGACCUUGACUGGAUAGAUGCCCAGGGCGCCACGCUGCUGCACAUCGCUGGAGCCAACGGAUACCUGCGGGCAGCCGAGCUCCUCCUGGACCACGGAGUGCGUGUGGAUGUGAAGGACUGGGAUGGCUGGGAGCCCCUGCACGCAGCUGCCUUCUGGGGACAGAUGCAGAUGGCAGAGCUGUUGGUGUCCCAUGGGGCUAGUCUCAGUGCUAGGACAUCCAUGGAUGAAAUGCCAAUAGACCUGUGUGAGGAGGAGGAGUUCAAAGUCCUGCUGUUGGAGCUAAAACACAAGCAUGACGUCAUCAUGAAGUCACAGCUGAGACACAAGUCAUCCUUGAGCCGGAGAACCUCCAGCGCCGGGAGCCGUGGGAAGGUGGUGCGUCGAGCCAGCCUGUCGGACAGGACCAACCUGUACAGGAAGGAGUAUGAGGGAGAGGCCAUACUGUGGCAGCAGCGGAGUGCGGCAGAGGACCAACGGACUGCCACCUACAACGGGGACAUCAGGGAGACCAGGACAGACCAAGAGAACAAGGACCCAAACCCCCGGCUGGAGAAACCCGUGCUGCUCUCUGAGUUCUCUACCAAGAUCCCGCGAAGUGAAAUGGAUGGGCCUGUUGAGAACGGCCUCCGGGCUCCGGUCAGCACCUACCAGUAUGCGCUGUCCAACGGGGACGUCUGGAAAGUGCACGAGGUGCCCGACUACAACAUGGCCUAUGGCAGCCCCAGUGUGGCCGACGCCACCCCUCCCUGGAGUGGCUACAAGGAACAGAGCCCCCAGACGCUUCUGGAGCUGAAACGACAGCGGGCUGCCGCCAAGCUGCUCAGCCACCCUUUCCUGAGCACCCACCUGGGCAGCAGCAUGGCCAGGACGGGCGAGAGCAGCAGUGAAGGCAAGGCCCCCUUGAUCGGAGGCAGAACUUCCCCGUACAGCAGCAAUGGCGCCUCCGUCUAUUACACCGUCACCAGCGGAGAUCCCCCGCUCUUGAAGUUCAAGGCCCCCAUGGAGGAGAUGGAGGAAAAGGUCCACGGCUGCUGCCGCAUCUCCUAGUCUCUGUGUGAUGGAGGAGAGAGAUGCUUCGGGGAAGGGUCUCUGGGAUCCAGGAUCCCCCCCACCCCCCCAGCAGCCUUGGCUGGGGAGACAUCAGAGGGCAGCUUGCGGGGAGGUGGGCUCUGCUUUCCAGGGGAACGCUGACCCCACCUCUCACCCAGCGGCCACAGCAUCGCCACGUCCCACGGUUCCGCUUCCUGCUGCAUUGUCUGCCGUCAGAAACAAGGCCCAUCGUGGCUUCCUAACUCUCCCCGCUGUCAUAUUUGGGAGGGGGGGCUGGGAUUCUGGUUCUGUUGUUGGUAAAGGCUUCUCUGGACCAGUACCCGCAUAUCAAAUACCGGUGUGCAUGU